UCCCACUAUCUCUGCCCAGCCCAUCCGCCCUCCAGUCCAGCGGGACCAUGAUGCUCAGCAGCUCCGUGGAGGUGUCCAGCCCGGGCGGGAUCAGCGGCCUCAGCGGCCUCAGCGGGCUGAGCGUGGCCGCCCGGAACGUGGUGCGCUCCUCCAGCAUCUCGGGGGCCAUGUACAGCCUGGAGAAAAGUCCCGGCAGCGGGGGUCCAGAUUCAGCAUCCCUGGCUGGCAACAAGAAGCGGCGUUCCAGUCUGGGGGCCAAAAUGGUGGCCAUUGUGGGGUUAUCACAGUGGAGCAAAAGCACGCAGCAGCUCAACCAGCAAGAUGGGGGAACAAAGAAGCUCCGCAGCACCAUCCGGAGGAGCACGGAGACCGGCAUCGCGGUGGAGAUGAGGAAUCGGGUGACACGGCAGGGCAGCAAGGACUCUACCGACGGCAGCACCAACUCCAAUAGCUCUGAUGGAACGUUUGUCUUCCCUACCACUCGCCUGGGGCCUGAGAGCCAGUUCAGUGACUUCCUGGAUGGACUUGGCCCCGCUCAGAUCGUAGGCCGGCAAACGCUAGCUACCCCCCCUAUGGGGGAUGUCCAUGUCGGUAUGUUGGACAGAGGAGGCCAGCUGGAAGUGGAAGUCAACCAGGCCAGAGGACUGAACUCCAAACCUGGUUCCAGAAACAUCCCAGCAACCUAUGUCAAGGUAUAUGUCUUGGAGAACGGAAUGUGCUUGGCCAAGAAGAAAACCAAAGUAGUGAAAAAGACGCUGGAUCCCACCUACCAGCAGGCUCUGUUGUUUGAUGAGAGUCCUCAGGGCAAAGUCCUACAGGUAAUCGUGUGGGGGGAUUACGGGCGUAUGGACCACAAGUGCUUCAUGGGAAUGGCCCAGAUCCUUCUGGAGGACUUGGACCUGUCUGCCACAGUCAGCGGCUGGUACAAGCUGUUCCCUACCUCCUCUCUGGCAGACCCCAGCAUCGGCCAGCUCACCAGACGCCUCUCCCAGUCGUCCCUGGAGAGCGCCACCAGCCCGUCCUGCACCUAGACACACAGGAUACACGCAGGAUACACCGUCACGCGCAGGCAGAGUCACGCAGACACAUGUACUGUAAAUACACAACAACUGCAACACAGGUAGAAACACAUGCAAAGACACACACGAACACAGGUUUGCAUCUGUGCAGGAAGACACAGGUGACAAACACACACACACACACACACACACACAAACACACACACACCGACAUGCUGCCAUAUCCUUUACCUUUACAGUAUUCUCUACUGUGUGCUCAUAUUUCCACCCAGCGAUCAGUGUUAUUUGACAAACCAUCAGCAAAACCCAACUCAAACUAGGCGCAGUUUAACCGAACAUGUAGCAUUUUUCACCGAAAACUUUCAGCGUCUCAUACCAGGGUUCACCCGGUGCUGCGUCCCGCAUUCCAGCUCACCAGAUCUCCGUGGCGCCACCCAUCCCAGGGCCAUCCCGAUGCCAGUUUCUAAACUUCUCUAUGCCAAACAAAGAAGAAAACUUUAUUUUUUAAAACCAAAGCAAUUGUUAUUGUUGUUAUUAUUACUAUACGUAGUAGGUUAACAAGUAUACAAUAUAAAGUAUGGAUAUGUAGCAGAGUCAAUGACUUAGAUGUAAUGCAAAAAACAAAAAAGAAGAUUACAUUCUACACACAAGCUUAGAGCGAUAGGACAAACACAUAAACACACCUGGCUACCAGGCUCAGACCCUCACAUAAUGGCUGUUAUGUGAAGUAGCAACACUGCUAUUCUAUAAUUUUCACAGGGCAGAGUUUAUAUAGAUAUAUAUAAAUAUAAAUAUAUAUAUCUUAAUAGAUAGUUAAAUACUUAUUUGUCUUUAUAUAUGUAUUGGCUGCAUUCUGCAUGUUUGCUUGCAAGACAUUUCAAAGUGCUUCGACUUUAUUUGAUCUUUAUUUCGCUUGCCUCCUCUGAUGUGUGAAGGCGUGUAGUGCUGCUUUACUUUGCAAUUGGUCCUGAAAAAAAAAGAGCACUUCACUGAGUUAGAGGGAAGGAUAAGGCUUCGGUGACUGCCAUCACUGUCUGCAGAAGAAGAGACUUCGGUCAGCGAGCGACAUACUCGCUGCUGAACACGACCCCGCCUUCAUCUUACCGGCUCCAGGUCCACGUCUCAUCUGUUUGGACUCCCACUUGAACUUCCUGUUUUUCGAUCAUCAUUUUUUUCCCCCCCUUCCCAUUUGACGAAGGAUAUCUGAUCCCAGCUGCAGCCCCUUCCUCUGUGGUCGCACUUGUUCGCCGCAGCAACCCCUCCUUUAAAUGCGUGGAUCCAUUUCUCUUUUGAUAUUUGACUUUUAUGCCAGUAUUACUUUGUGGCAAGUGCAAACGGUAACCUGCCAUAUUACGGUAGCUUUACUUGUUCCAGGUGCAAUAUGUCGAUAAUGCAUCCUUCAGCAUUCUUACUUUCUAACUCCUGUCAGCAGUAUGUUUGUGUUUUGAACAGCACUUUACUGUAAGUUAUGUAUCUUUUCUUUGAGCUCUAAACGUACGCUGCAUUCAUUAUCUCUGGAUAUUUGAAUUCCAGUGUUAAAACAUGUUGUAUGUUAUGUUUUUUUUUUUAACCCAUAUCAGUGUGGAGCCACACUGGAGCAGCUGGUCCUUUCUGCUGCUGGGUUUACAGUUAAAGGUAGGGUAAGCGAUUCUACGCAGGUUUUAUUAGGCUGCGUUCAGUGAUUAUGCAUGGGAUAGGUUCAUGCCUGUACGCACACUCAUGAAGUAAGGGAGUUCAUGAGAUGGAGGGGGCAGUUUAGCCGACGUUUGGUUUCAAAUAUCAACACAAAUGAUGUCAUCCAAAAUUCGCUUACCCGUCCUUUCAAUAUGAGCAGCCGAGGUUAAUUGCAAAAAGUUCCUUUUUUUUUUUUUUUCCAGUUUGGACUUCAACAUGUGUUCUUAGGACAGCCUGAAACAUUUUUUGAAAA